GGGCCGGGCCCCUUCCCUCGGGAAGGCCAGCGGAAGACAGUGGGAGGCAGGAGGGAGCGCUGGGGGCUGCGUCACCCGUCACCCACGCUUCCCUGGCUGUCAGUCUCCCUGCACCCCGGCCUCGCAGGUAGAGACGCCCCCUUCCCGCGGUUCGCGCGGCUGGGAAGGAGGGGCUGGGCUCCGAGCGCCCGCCCCUCCAUCUAUCACAUGGCCGGAGAGUCACAAAAACAACAGCUUUGGCCAAGACCGUGACUUCAGGAAGGGAACCCAGGGCCCUCGCCGCCACCCCCCUCCCCAUGGAGGACAGUUUUCUGGAAUCGUUUGGGAGGCUGAGCCUCCACCAGCGGCAGCAGCAGCAGCCGCCUGCUCGGCCGCCGCCCGCGCGGGGGCCACCUCCGCGUCGCCACAGCUUUAGGAAACACCUCUACCUCCUGCGCGGCCUCCCGGGCUCGGGGAAAACCACGCUGGCCAGACAGCUGCAGCGUGACUUUCCCAGGGCCCUGAUUUUCAGCACCGAUGAUUUUUUCUUCAGGGAAGAUGGUGCCUAUGAGUUCAACCCGGACUUCUUGGAGGAAGCUCAUGAGUGGAACCAGAAGAGAGCGAGGAAAGCAAUGCAGAAUGGCAUAUCCCCCAUUAUUAUUGACAACACCAACCUGCACGCCUGGGAAAUGAAGCCCUAUGCAGUUAUGGCACUUGAGAAUAACUAUGAAGUUAUAUUCCGAGAACCCGACACUCGCUGGAAAUUCAACGUUCAAGAGUUAGCAAGAAGAAACAUCCAUGGAGUCCCAAGAGAAAAAAUACACCGAAUGAAAGAACGGUAUGAACACAAUGUUAGCUUUCACAGUGUCCUUCAUGCAGAAAAGCCAAGCAGAGCCAACAGAAACCAAGACAGGACCAGCACCCCUUCCAGCGGCCCUGGGUCCUGGAGCACCUGCACAGAGCUCCCCAGCCGAAGGGCUCACGGCGGCUUCUCCAAUGAGAGCUUCAGAAGGGGUGGCUGUCACCAUGGAUAUUAGCAUCUGUGCACAGCCACUGUAGAGUUUUCCUAAAGAAGUUUCUACUUCGAUUUUUGGUAUUUAUUCUUUGUCCAGUUUUAGCCAGAGCUCUAAUUCCAGUGUAAAUAGCCAAGCCCAGAAGUUUCUGGACAGAGGUCAUCUAUUCAUUAUCUCCAACAAGCAAUGUAUGGCCUGAUGCUGGGGAUUCUCUGGAGGGCUCAAGGGUCUUUCUCUAGAGGAGGAGUUGAUUUGAAACUGAAAUCCAAGAUCAUCAAUUAGCUGCAGAGUCAUAAACAAGGUGUUACGAGUACAUUUCUAUGGGCUACAGUACACUGUCUUUGCCAGAUCCAUCUUCUCCAUAGAGCUGGAGUGAGGAAGGGAGACGGAGGCAGGAAGUAGCUUAGUGCCAUCGCUUCUCUGGGAGUCUGUGUCCAGAGGCCAGAGCCAUCACUAACGGCACUGAUUCUCUUUUAGACUUAAUACACAGAAGGGAAUGUUGUCCUUCAAGGUAACAUUAGGGGACUUCUUCCCUUAUUUUAACGACGUGUCACUGUUAAACAUGUCUGUGAAUUCUUAGGAACAAAAGCAACUAAGAAGAACCUGUACCGUUACAUUCAGACCCUGCACUCAGCAGCGGCCCCAGGACAGACCCUUCCCUCUGGCUCGAAGUCUGAUGUUAGUGUAAAUAAACCUGCUUUCGCAAAUCACCAGUUUUAAAGAAUCAUCAACUGAUUUCUAAAAUGAUGCCUAUAAUGUGUGAUUAUAGUUAGCAACCCGGAUGUUUAGGAGCGCAAAGCAAUGAGGCAGCCAAGGAAAUGUGAAAGUCAUGCUCACUGAGAUGAGCAGGCUAUUUCAUAUGGUGUUGAGACAGCGAAUAUGGAAUGCCCCUCAGAUCAGUUAUGAAUUUAUGAGUCCAAAUUAAAUCCCAGCAGGCUGGAAUCAGAUUCACUUGGUACGAGACCAUGAUAAAACCAUGUGGGAUGUAUGCUCUAUUUAUUUUUUGGCCAAUAGCUUCUUUUUAAUGUUUUGUGAAAUAUUAUUUUAAGUGUCUUAUAUAAUGGUGCUUUUAUGGUUAUUAAAAUUGUAUAUGGUAUUGCAUUUA